AUGUCUUCCAACCCAGCGCCUUAUUCAGACUUUUGGUCAGGUGCACUUUUCGGUUUCAUGGCCGGUGUGGGUGCCAUCAUAUUUAUCGCAUCACUCGUCGCUGUGAAAUUCUUUCAGAGGAAUGACAUCUACGAUGUCGACCACUGGAAGCUCAAUGUCAAAGUCCCUUUCACCACCACGUGGAUGAACAUGGGCUAUUGGACAACGGCAGAUGGUCAGCCUAUCCACGACUUUGAGUUGGCCUGCCAAUCUCUUCUCCAUCAAGUUCUGAUGGCAUCCGGUCUUCUUAAUAAAGAUAAUACCCCUUCCAAGCUGGCCAUUCUCGACCUCGGUAUCGGCUGCGGCGACCAGUCCCUGGAGCUUGCGCGGCUCAUCAACGAAAGCGCCUGGAAUGAGUAUGAGUACGUGGGGCUUACUCUCAAUGAAACUCAGUUCCGACUAGCCGCACAACAGCCAUUCGCCAAGUUCCAAAAACCGAAUUCCCCUUCCAGAUCCAUACAAGUGUUUCAAGCCGAUGCGGCAAGGCCCGACAAGUGGUCGCUAGACAUAAAGGCCGCCAUCGGGACUCUUAGGGACAGUAGGCAUGGAGAUUGUGAGAGAUGGGUUCUUGGUCUCGACAGCUUGUAUCACUUCUAUCCAUCGAGGAUACCAAUCUUGACCUUUGCGGCAAGAGAUCUUGAUGCCUCUUUCAUGGCGUUCGACUUGACCUUGAAUAGGAACGCGUCACUCCUGAAUCGCUUAUGGGUCAAACUCAUCAGCAUAGCAAUGAAAUGCCCAAUUGGCACGUUCAUGACAGAGGCAGAAUACAGGACCCAGCUCGUGGAGGCCGGAUAUGAUGAGCGAGAGAUUCGGAUGCAAGACGUUACACGUCAUGUGUUCUCGGGGCUUGUCAAUCACAUCAAUAGACAGGAAGCCAUUCUCAAGCCGUAUGGAAUUUCUCUAGCCAAGUACAAGGUGGCAGGGAAGCUGUUUGGAUGGCUUGAAAGGUCGCAAGCCUUGAAGGCUACUAUCGUUGUUGCGCUGAGAAAGUCGAAGACAAGUUGA